AUGCUUAAGAUUAUAUUCGCAAUAAUUAUUUUUGCUGCGGUGGGGGCCGAUUGUAAAUCGUUCAUCAUAUCUGGACCAACAUGGAAGAACGAAAGGAAAGCGUGUGCAUCAGGCGGUGAACAUCACAAUUCAUACACAUUCUACUUGGGUACACUAUCAGACUACAGUGCAACAUACGAAGAGAUCACAGGCAUCGCUGACACGAUUGUUGCCGAAGGUGACUUAACAUUGACGACUGGCAAAGCAGGUACGGUGCCUCGUUCGGAAUUGCACUUGUCAGAAUAUUCGCAGUCUUCAGAUUAUAAACAAUUCAGGGGAAGUUGGAGAAUGGAGUCCUACCGAGGAUGGGCGUCUCAGAUUGUAGAGAUGGUGCUUACGGUAAAAUUUUACAACAGUGGCAAAAUAUAUAUGGAUUCUUACGUGUCUGCCGGCUCGUGGAUGUCAGUCACUUGUGCAGAUACAAAAGCUUAUGUAGAGAGAAUCAAGGUGUCGCUGUAA